AUGUGCAGUGAAGGAAUUUUACUUGGUUAUGGCAACCCUCUCCUCGAUAUAACUGUCAGUGGUACAGAAGAAUUCCUCAAGAAGUAUGGCUUGAAAAGUGAUGAUGCCAUCCUUGCUGAGGAGAAGCAUAUGCCAAUGUAUGCUGAGAUGGUGGAUACCUUCAAAGAUGUUGAAUUUAUCCCAGGAGGUGCCACUCAGAAUGCAUUGCGAGUCGCACAGUGGUUUUUAGUCACUCCUAAAGCAACUACGUAUUUUGGUUGUAUCAGCAAAGAUAAGUUUGAUAACAUUUCUCUCUCUCUCUCUCUCUCUCUCUUUUUUUCCUUUCUUUUUCCUUUGCUUUUAAUUUUUGUCUUUUCCAUUUUUCCCCUUCUUUCUACCCCCUUCUUUCUUCCCCUUCCUUUUCUUUCUUUUCUCCCCUUCCUUUCUUUCUUUUUCUUUCUUUCUCUCCCCUUCCUUUCUUUCUCCCCCUUCCUUUCUUUUCUUUCUUUCUCCCCUUUCUUCCUUUCUUUCUCCCCCCUCCUUUCUUUCUUUCUUUCUUUUUCUUUCUUUCUUUCUCCCCUUCCUUUCUUUCUUUCCCCCCUUCCUUUCUUUCUUUCUUUCUCCCCUUCCUUUCUUUCUUUCUUUCUUUCCCCUUCCUUUCUUUCUUUCUUUCUCCCCCUUUCUUUCUUUCUUUCUCCCCUUCCUUUCUUUCUUUCUUUCUCCCCUUCCUUUCUUUCUUUCUUUCCCCUUCCUUUCUUUCUUUCUCCCCCUUCCUUUCUUUCUUUCUUUCUCCCCCUUCCUUUCUUUCUUUCUUUCUCCCCCUUCCUUUCUUUCUUUCUUUCUCCCUUCCUUUCUUUCCUUUCUUUCUUUCUUUCUCCCCCCUUCCUUUCUUUCUCUUUACUCUUACCCCCCACUCUUUUUACUUUUCCCCCAAAUCUUAAAAAAUGGGAAAAAGUAUAA